AUGGCCGAUGAUGUGUCGACAGCCUCCGAACCAGACACGACCACCCCGAAGCAGGGCACAGCUUCCCCAGACGAUAUCAAUGUCUCCGGCGCACAGGCUGCCGUGACGUGGAACGGCUGUGCCCAAGCUUUGAGCGAUGUGACAUGCGACAUCCGCCGCUAUGCUUCGUCCAACACAGCCUUCAUCAAGCUGCGCGCCACUGUUGCACUCAAGGCGCCUGCCCCUGCGAAGACCAGCAUGUUUCUAUUCGUCCACCCCGAGCGCAUACGAGCAGUAGUCCUAGACGAAUCCCCCGAACCAACGUCACAGGAAAUUUUGAAGAAAGUAGGCCAGCACACAUAUUGCCUGCGGUUCACGCUAGAAAGGCCAGCUGCCCUCAUCGGCCCGGCCGGCUCCGAGCACAUGGCUCCAAAGAACAGGAGCUCGGGCGAGACACUGAAUCACCUGCGGUCGCUGGCGCGAGAAACCGCGUUCGCCGUAUACUUGCCAGCCAAGGUGGUUACCAAGGCUCGGCUGCUGUCGCUCUGCGAAGCGGCUUCCGGCGAUGGAUUGAAGUCCGUCGCCUGGCAGGCUGACAUGACCUGUCUCUAUGGCGGCAAAGGUGGCCGGCUCAUCAACGACGUGCCUGAGGAUCCGUCCGCAAAUCCGCCAUCGUACAAUGAGCUGGAGCCAGGGCCACCAUUGCCGCCAACAGCGCAUGACUCGGGUAUGCAGGGUCCAUCUAAGAAGCGGCGGCGCGAAAGUGGGAACUCAGAUGCCCAAACCGCAGACCUCUCAGCUAUGGAGGCCAUGUGUAGGAAGAUCAUGGGUGAAAUGAAAGCCGAGCUAAAGCAGGACAUGAGCAAUCAGCUGCAGCAGUUGGAGACAAGAGUCAUGGAGCGUCUAGAGCAGCGCCUGGCCGAGGAGUCAGCACGCAUCGAGGAAAAUGUUGAUCAGCAGCUUCUAGAGGUACGAGGUGAGACCACAGAUGAAAUUAGCGACAAGAUAGAGGACGAGUACUAUGGAGUUCGUCUCCGGCUGGAAGACUUCGUCAAGGAUGAGGUGCAGGAUGCCGAGGAGAGGAUUAUCCAUCACAUAGAAAGUAGCGCUACUAUAUCUUUACAAUUCAACUCAUAG